ACAAAUCGCGGUUUGCUGUCCCGAAUCGAAUUCUGAGUGGCAGAACAUAACGAAAGAAGGGUCUCUCGGAUUCUCCGAUCUUCUGGAUAAUUGUAAACCAUAUAAAGAAGAAGCUAUGGCUGGACAUAGUGAUUCAAGUUCAUCUGAGAAAAAAUCAAGUGAAGCUAUGAAUGAUGUACCAACUUAUAGCGCAGAGAAUUUGCAAAAUAACAUGAAAGUUAUAUAUUACAGCCGGACAUUUAUGUCUAUCAUCGGAGGGGUUCUUGCUGGAAUUUUGGGGUUCACUGGCUUUAUGGGGUUUGUCUUAUAUUUUCUUGUCAUGGCAAUUACUUCGAUUGGACUCAUAGCCAAGGCAAAGUUCUCAGUUCAUGCAUAUUUUGAUAGCUGGAACCGGAUUAUACUUGAUGGCUUCAUGGGUGGGCUUAUGUCAUUCGUGCUAUUCUGGACAUUUGCCUAUGACAUUGUGCAUAUAUUCUGAAGAAAUAUCUGCUACAUCUCACCCGGAAGAGAAGCUGGCUUGUUGCCCUUGCUGCUGCCUAUGACAUAUUCUUGUUAUCCUUGCAAUUCGCAAGCUGAUUCUUAUAGUUUUGUAUCAAUCCCUAAACCAUUACGGGGUUUACCAUUUGAUUUCCUUUCUAUUGCUUUUACCAUUUAAAGUAUCUAUGUAACUUCAUUUUAAUAUAGAUAAGAGCCCUGAGAGAAUGGAAGAAGGAAUUUCGAACUAUCA